ACUGUAAAUUCCUUGUGGGGUUGUGUGUGACACUUACUAGUUUUCUGAACACAUAACUUUCCUAUUUUUCUCUAUUUCAUUGCAUUUUCUUGGAAUUUUUCGUAGAAAAUGAGUGUAUUGGAAAUUGAUAAGGAAUCCCUCUGUCGAUUCUGCUUAGGUGAAGUGAAGAAACUCAUAAAUCCAGGAAGUAGAGACAAUAUAAUUGUAGAUGUCAACACAAUCUUCAAUUUGGAGAUAUUCGAAGAAGAUGAUUGGCCUAAACAGAUUUGUGAAAGCUGUAAAAAUACAUCUAAAAUUUGCAUAGCUUUCUUUCAAAAAAUCAAGGACGCAGAGGAGAAACUGCUGGAGAUAUUUGGAGAAAAAUUGAAGGAUUUAAGUGAAGUAUACCAUAACGAAGAGAUAAUUGUCGAAGUUAAAGACGAUGAGGAAGUUCAAGAAGAGGAAGAAAUUCAUUUACUUAAGGAGGAUGAAGUGAUUCAAGAAGUAGAUGAAAUUGAGUUGCUAGAAGAAGAUGAAAGUUAUUCCAAAAGUUCGUGGGCCUUUACUUCGGGAGGUGACUGCGAAUAUGAAGAACCUAUAGAAAUAGAUAAUAAAAUUUCCCCGUCAUCUUCAAAGAAAAAGUUGGGAAGGUGGCGAAAAGAUGGAUCAAAAAAAAUGAAGAUUCUCCGCGAGAAUAAUGAUGUGGUCAAGAAAUAUCUGGGUUUUAAAUGUGACCUUUGCUCAGAGGAAGCUAAAAACUACUACGCUUUGAAGUUUCAUUUUCGUGAGACUCAUGAAAUUACAGGAUAUAUGGUGUGUUGUAAUACAAAAUUCACAUCCUUGGGCCGCCUUGCAGGUCAUGUCAAGAUUCAUAUGGAUCCUGAAGCUUUUAAAUGUCCAAGAUGCUCAAGAAUUUUGAGCAAUGAAGUUACAUUUCGUGUUCAUGCAAGAGAAUGCUCAAAGAAUCCAAAUCUUACAUAUACCAACAUCUGCGAACUUUGUUCAGAAGCAUUUCCAACACCAAGAAUGCUGCGACAACAUCAGAAGAAGCAUCUCAGUGAAGACGAGAAGCCUCAUCAGUGUCCUGAUUGCCCGAAACGAUACACAACACCAGCAGAGAUGAACCACCAUUGGGCUCAGGUACACAAUACAGAACGAAAUUACUCUUGCGACAUAUGUGGAAAAACUUUCCGUACUCAGAGUCAAGCUAAUGGACACAAGAAAAAUACGCAUAUAAAGGGGCGUGGACCGAAGGUUCGAUGCGAGCGAUGCGGAGGAUUUUAUCCUGAAUUGAAUAUGUACAGUCAUCUGCAGCGUUGCAAUGUGGAUCCUGUGCAGUGUAAUUUAUGUGGAAAGGAAUACUGUAACGUACCAGCACUGAAGAAUCAUAUUAAGUACGAUCACGAAGGGGCGGAAAGGAAGAAAUUCGCCUGCAACAUUUGUCCCAAAGUAUUUUCGACCAAACGCAAGCUUACGGAUCACACGGCAAAACACCAGGAUAUCGCAUUACACAAGUGUACAUGGUGCGAUAAGAAAUUCUACACUUUAUCCACAAAAACAGCUCACCAGCGAACACAGCAUCCCGCCGAGAAUGCAGCUGCUAAAAUACGAAAGCAUUAGAACAUCUUAUCUAGUUUUUUUGAAGUUCAGGAUUUAUAAUGUAUCUCAUGAUAAAUUCAAUACAUUUUGUGUUUAAUCCUA